AUGGAUGAUAGUGUUUUCUUGCCGGAUGCUGCAACGGCGGCUGCAGCCUUGGCCCCGACAGCAGGAGCCAUCCCGGUGCUUAACAAUGCCAGCGCAUGGCACAACUUCACGCUCUGGAUCGCCCAGCACCUGGGCUAUGCGUUUAACGUGACGAAACUCGCGCCUUCGCUUGAGGAUCUAGUCUGGGCAGGACCCAGGAUGGUGAAGAAGCUGGGAAAGCUGGGCGGCUCUUAUAUCUUUUAUCCCGAUGCCAUUGACAGCUUUGGCCAGCGCGUCAUACCCGAGUCGACCGAUCCCGCCGCAUUCUUUGUCACGACAGCUCCCGACACUACAACUGCCGCCGACGCCGCUCGAUCCAUACUCGAAUCCGCAUCAUCUUCCGCUGCCGCCGCCACCGCUACGGACCAAGACUCAGCCGCCUUCGCAUCACGAUUUACAAUGGAGGGUGCCAGGGGUUUAGGGAGCGUUUUCAGCUACGCGACAAGCAAGUGGGCUCUAGCAUGCAUUGUCAUGGCUGUUGUCUUCAACCGAACACAUAUAUUUGCCGCUACUCGCCGGCGACUUACACUACGAUGGACGGUCCGUCUUGCGCUCCGCCUGCCGGUUAUCUUACUCCUCGCUUGGCAGGUCGAACGGGUCCUCGAAUCGAUACAGUGCCAAACAUCCCCCCAAUUCGCCGAUUUGCGCUGGGGCAACUCCAGCAAGAGCUCCGACCUCAUGUUUUCCGAAAAGAAUAACUUUCUCCACGGCUUGAGCUCGACCCUGCUCUUCGGCGCAACCGAUAAACAAUCUUGCCAGGCUAUAAGGAUGGUGCCAUGGGACAACAACUCGAACGAGCAGCCGGAGCUAGUGGGAUCCUUGUCCCGGCUCUGGCCUCUGUUCAUGACUUUCUGCGUGAGCCAGUUCAUCGAGGUUCUCUCUGCAACGGUUCAGGGCCGUCCCGUAGCCGCCGAGACGGGGAUGACGCUCUUUGAGCACUCAUUGGCCUUUGCCGAAGCUGAUGCUGCCAUCAGCAACCAGCUGGGUUGGAGCCUGUUUACAAGUAAGGGGAAUACCUCCCAGGCGUUGGCAGGAUCGGCUGUUGCUGUUACGCGCAGCAUGAUUCUAAGGAGAGUCAACACGUCUCCAGAAGUUUUGCUGGUAGCGUUUCUCUCUGCCAUGAGCCAUCUCACUAGCCAAAUACUUGGCGUCUUCAACCUACAGUCCAAAUUCCGUUUGAUCAACACUGGCUUCUGGGGGCUUUGCUUUAUGGGUAGCAUUGUCUGGGGCGCCGUUACUUUUUCCAUUGAGGAUAGCUCAGCUCAAGCACUCUUGAGGUUCCCUACGGUCUGCAUUAUUGGAUUUGUGCCGCACGUACUUAUCAUUUGCGGUAUCUUUAUCUGCGGCGUAAUCUAUUUGCUAACUAUGGCUCUCUCGGCGUUUGCUGCACCUGAAAGCCCUCUUGAGACAGGACAGCAACGCCCAACUCUCCGAGACCGCCUUGGCCGAGCCCACGCGAACAUGCAAGCCAACGGAUCUCUUUCCGAUAUCCGUAUCCGGUGGGAUAUGGACUUCUAUACUGCCCUCCUUCGAGCUGGCUUUGGAGCCAUCACCAUGGCGAGUGAAGCUGUUUACCUGAACGAAGACCAUCGGGUGAACGUAAAGCGAUAUACCUGGUUGGAAGACGAGCGGUUCCGUGAGAUUGAAGAGCUUAGGAUGCAAUGGCUUGGAGGCGGAGUAUCAGGCUCCCGUUUCGAUUCCGUCGGUGUCAUCGGCCUCGUACCUGUCAAGGAAGACCAAGCGAACGCUACAAGCGGUUACGCGAGGGAAAGGGCAGCUCAGAAGAUCCCUCGGAAUAGUGUUUCCGCCAGGCGGUUGAGAGACGGGGUGGGUGCCACAGAGCGCAGCGGCAGGUGGCUGUUGGCGAUCGAGUAUGUUAUGCAUAUCAGCCGUCUAAUCAUCACCACCUGGAUGCUCCUCGUCAUCAAGUUACUCUCUUAUUUUGGAAUUCGGAACCCUCCUCGCUGGCUACGGGCGUUGGCUCUUCAGCCACCAAAGCCAGAGACUGCCGCCAGCAGCAGCAGGAGGCCAAAGCGGAGAGGUGACCGCGGCGCAACAGCUAUUUGGGUAGACGCCUCCGAUCCCAACUCGUUCCCCGUCCCGCGGAGUGAGCGUGUAGACGUGGAAGCCGAGUUCCGCCGGCGCCUCCAACAACAACCCCUCGGUAGUGACCAACCUGACGCCAGCGAGGCCGACAUUGACUCUAAGCUAUACAGCUGGUUUCUCAACGGCGGCUGGUGGGGGAACACUGAUACAAGCGGUGACUACGUUCCCCCCAACGGCGGUACCGACCUAGAUGACCCGGAUUUCGACACCACAAGCAUUAUCUCCACCACCGAGAGCAUAUCACUAUCAGACCUAGACGGCUGGGAAUCCGACAGCGAUAACCAUCCCCAAGACGGCCAGCGCACACCCACCCAAUCCUCCCCAUAUCCAAACAACGACAACUCCAACAGCCAAAACCCCCUCCAACAAUCCUGGGCCUUCUCCCGGGAGUCCACCCCCUCCGCCCACUCGCAAGUAGCAGACCUCCCCCUAGCAGCCUCCGACCUCGCCCGCCUCCUCAACCCCCAAAGCCCGGAAGAGCGCGAAGAAGCCAUCACCCUCGCCGCCCACCUCUCCUUCGAAGAAGGAAUCAUGACCCGCUCCCGCUUCCGCCAACACCAAGCGCGCCAGCGCGUCAAGGUUCUGUUAUCCGGCGCCCAACACCGUCGUCUCUAUGGCUACGGCAAGGGAGCGAGUGCACAGCAGCAGAUGAUGACGCCCGAGGAAGAAGCCAGGCGGUUAGAGCAGAUAUUGUUGUCCAGGCGGGCUGCUACGGCUCCCUUCAACACCACAGAGGCAAGUGAAGAACAACAACAACAACAACAGGGCAAGGGCAAGGGCAAGGGCAAAGUGGAAAUAGUAGUAAUAAUGACUGGGCAUCGGGCGCGGAUGGCCUGGGCAGUGAAGGCCCCCAGUGCGUGGUCUGUCAGUGCGCGCCGAGGACGAUCAUCGUGUGGCCGUGUCGGUGUCUGA